CACCUCCCCUCUAACUCCCUCUCUCUCUUUCUGUCUCUCCCUCGCUCUUACAUGCUUGCAUGAGUUGCUUGUGUCAUGCUGCCCCCUCUCAAACUGUGGGCAGACAAACAUAACACCAGAAGAGAGAAAGCAGACAGGGAGAGUUAUUAGCAGCAGCAGAAGAACACUCGGGAGCUCCAAGAUUAAAAAAAAAAGAUAGAUAUAUUUUAUUCACAUUUUCCUGCUUCUAUAAGUAUUGUCCUCCUCAGUAAGCAAUGAGAGACAAUGUGGAUACAUUGGAGAAUACUGUGGUCAGUUUGUCACCUUGUGAGACCCAUCUGUCUAAGGAUUAUCCUCUUGACUGGACUCUGUACAUCCCUGCUUAACUGGAUGACCAACACACUGUAGGAGACAUGAACCCUGAGUCUCUGGACGGGUCCAUCCAGAACACUCUCUCAGCCCUCUUUCCCCCAUUUGAGGCCACAGCCCCCACUGUCCUGAGCCAGCUCUUCCAGGUAAUAGAGGAACGUUUCCGUGGAGAUGCCCUCCAGUGUCUACUGGACUUCCUCAUCCCGGCCAAACACAUCCUUGAGAGUGUUCAGCAGGCUGCCUGUGCCCAGUACUCUGAUGUGGUGUUCUGCUGUGAGGGCUGGCCUCUGUGUCUGCAUGAGAAAGUGGUGAUCCAGCUGGCCCCGAUCAACCCCCUAUUUCUGUGCCCCGGGGACUUCUACUUGCAGGUUGCUCCCUUCUCUGAGCAGGCCGCCCGCAUCGUGGUCCGGAGCCUGCUGGAGGACGGACAGGGCCAGGUGGUGGAGGUGGAGGAGACACCCAUCCCUGAGACCUCCUACCCCUGCAUCUUCUCUGAGGACUGGCUAGGGGAGCUCAACCAAGGCCGCCACGGUACUCCACUUAGCCACUGUGUCCUCUCCACAGACCAGGGCAUGGUGAAGGUGCCAUGGGCGCAGGUGACUCUCCCUGAGUUUGUGGAUAAACCCAGAACUAUGGCCUCAUCAUCUCUUUCUCCGGCUGCUGUUCAACAGGAGGUAGUGGCAGGGCCCGGGCCCUCAUUGGUCCUGCCUCACCCUGCACCUGUGUACUCUGUGGAGACUAGGAUCUCUCCUGCUAAACAUGGCAUUGCGGUGUCGCUGCGUCUGGUGGACAGUAAUUGCUCCCGGCUGGUUAAGGUGGAUCAGGAUGGGCCUAUGGCUAAGCCCAUAGGCUGGGUGUCUCCCAACACAUGGGACAGCCGCAGCAACAACACCUCUGAGGUUGAGGGGGAAUACGUGGACUUGGUGGAGUUCACUAACAAGAAAGAAGCAUUGCUCCUCAGUGGGGCUCACAGUUACAAAUAUCCCAGAGAGCUCAUGUCUAGGCCUGUUCCACUUAACAGGCCUGGUGUCCCUCUGGCUCCAGCCCUGCCCCUGUCCUUGGCCCAAGCCCUGGCCCCCAACCAGCACCUCAGGGAACAGUUACACUGCGGCCGGACCAUCCGGUCCUCCGAGGAGCCCCCCUGCACCCCUUGCAUGAGGAGGAGAAUGGGCCAGGUGUCCAAAGCACAGGAGCUCAGGUGCCGGUACAGGGAGUCUUACCAUUCAGCGCUGCAGAACCCUGUUACCUUUGAGAGAGACAAUACACUGAAUACACUGGCGGUUCUGGAGGAGGCUAGUCCAUGUGAGGGGAGGCUGGGACUAGAGGGCAAAGAACUAUGUCCUGGUGUCUCCCAGCAGUGCUGCCAUCCAGACCCAGGACAUCAUGACCAGAUUCCCCCUGUUAGCACUGUUACCUGUAGGAAGUCUGGAGAAAGUAACACUAUAUCCAGUGGAAUUUUACAAGGCCUGAGUGACACUAUAGAGAACGAUGGGAGAUGUCCCUCUUCUCUGUCGACCACUGUUGUGGACACAUCAGAGAAGUGUGAAGUAGUGAUACAAGGAAGAAAAAUUAGGAGGGAUAUUGUCUCGUCUGCAGAGAAGAUUCCCAGUUUACAUGUAGUGCAAUGUAAAAACGCCACAGCUUUUGGACUGGUUUCCCCAAAGAUGAACAGGCGGAGACUGCCCAAAGAUGUCUCCCAGGCUCGCCAACCCUCCAUGCCUGUUAGAAACGGACAACAGACCCCUCCACCGGCCCCUCUCCCUGAGACAACCCAGCAGCCUCCGGGUCACUAUGCUGUUUCCAGGUCUAAGGUCCAGGCACCAGACACAGAGGAACCUAGCACUCAUCCCCUCCAGAUGGGAAUAGCAUGUCUUACUGGUGGCAGAGACAGGACAGGUCGGUUGGUGGUUGAGGUGUAUGGAGACCAGGAAGGAUGGAGAUCUCCUUCAGUGUCUAGUCUGGAACUCUGCAAACUGCUGCUCUACCUGCACUCUGUAAUCAGGAGAGAACUAAGAGAACUUGGACUGACACUAGUUAUUGAUGCUCGGCAGAAUCCACCCCCAUCACAGUUCAAUAAGGCCUUGCUGAUGCUUCAGGAGCAAAUUCCCCAUGCAGUACACAGUGUCCUUAUCCUGGUGGAGAAAGAGAGCAGCCAUCGCCCAGAGAAAUGUCCUGGACAACAGAUUGAUGUAGUGACAUCACUGAAGGCGUUGCACAAGCUGGUGGAGGGGAGCCAGUUGACCUACGGCCUAGAGGGCACCCUGCCCUACAGCCACCAGGACUGGCUGCAGCUCCAUCAGAAACUUCAUCCCUUCAUGUCAGAUCUCCAGGAGGCUUCAGGUUUGCUACUGAAGGCCAUCAGAAAACUAGAGGGAGGUCGUAAGAUUGACAAAGUGCAGGAUGUACAGAGGUGUAUUCUAGAACAGAGAACGCUGAUGAAGGAUGUUCUGGAGGACAGCCGGUUGGUCGCUCUGCAAAGGGAGGGCGGAGCCAUGCUGGCCAGGCUGAGGAGGGAGAGUGACCUCAGAUACUCUCACUGUGAGGAUUACAGUGAUGCUGUAGACUCUGUGACCUAUAUGUACAACCAUGUAGAGGAGCAAGCCCACAUGCUGGUGCAAAGAUCCAACAUGUCCCUGGAGCACCUUGAAUACCUACUCCAACUCAGAGAAAUGGAGGGCCACUUCUCUAAGAUCAGGGAAUGGUUUGAUGCCGAAGGGGAACGGCGGUUGCUGGAAGCAGAAUCGGUGGAGGACUCCAGAGAAAAGGUUGCACAUACUCUCCAGAGUUUCAGAGCAUUCCUCUCUGAAGCCAAUGAGCAGAAGCACCAGGCUAUGGUCUUGGUGACAGAGGCAGAGAAGAUCCAGGGCCCAUCUCCAUACCCUGAGACUGAGGUGUUCAGGACCAUGGUGUGCACUUUCAAGUCUGGCCUGGCUGACUCCCUCUCACGGGCAGAGAGGUGCUCCAGUGAGCUGGAGACUAUGGUCUCUGUUUGCAGCUUCUGUGAGCAGGCUACUGAACUGGCCAAAGACUGCAGAGAAUACCUGGGCCAGGAACAGGUUGGCAGACACCCAGAGACGGAUGAUAUCUCUACACUCCAGAUGUACCAGGAGAGCUUUGUCCAGUUCUCCCCAGAUCGCUUCCAGGAGGUGAAGGCCCAGGCGUGUGCUCUGAGGGGCUCCAGGGGCAUGCGGGUGUGGAAUGUAGCCUGGCUCAAGUGUCAGGAGGUCAGGCAGCAACUGGAGGAGAGACUACAGGAUGUGGAGAGGGCCUUGUGGAACACAGGCUCCUGGUAUGAACAACAUAGACAUGGUGAGGAUCAGGCCACAGCUCAGACAGUGACUCAUCAUGAUAGAGCUCUGUUACUGCCCAGACCUGGUCCACCACACUGGUACAAUCCCCCAACAGGCUCUAUGGUGGAAAGGUAUCAUGGGAUCUUGGAGAGCAGGAACAACUCUGUGACUUGCUGUAAUAUCAACUUCAAGCCUCAGAAUAACAGACCUUGUAAAGGGUCAAAGGCCACCACCGUGCUGGCUUCUCCACGUAUCAAAUCCAUUAGGAGAGUGGAGAGGGAGCCCAGCAGGAGAGAGGCCUGUCGAGGGAGGAGAAGAGAGGCCGCCACCCUUGCAGACUCACAGACGGUGGGCUGUGAGUGGUUCCCGUGGAAACGCGGGGGCCUGGGCCGGUCCAUGAGUGAGGACUCGUGUGCAACCGCCAUGUCCAGUCAGUCUGAGGCUCGGGUCCAAACACCGUCCUGCUCCCACGGGCAACCCUCCUGCCGGAUCCUGCAGGCUGCUCAGAAGUUUCAGAUCUCACGGCAUGGUAGCUUCUGCUCAGCAGAGUCCUGUAGUGGCCAAGAGGGAGCAGAGAAGGCCUCUUCAAGGAAUACUAGCUCAUCAGUGAGAAGGUGUGAGGGAACAACAUCUCUGGCAAGUCCAGAGGAGAACGCUGGCAGUGUUAUGAAGCUGCAGAGGAUCAUGGAGGAGCUGCUGUUAACAGAAAGGGAGUAUGUGCGUUCCCUGGGCUACAUCCUGAUGCAUUACCUCCCCCUACUGGAGAGGACUGACGUGCCCCAGGACCUGCGGGGCAAACGUGGAGUGAUAUUUGGAAACCUGGAGAAGCUGUAUGACUUCCACGGCCAUUUCUUCCUCAGGGAGCUGGAGGCCUGUCAGACAGAACCCUUAGGAGUGGCUCGUUGCUUUCUGAGACACAGAGAAAGUUUAGGCCUUUAUGCUCUCUACAGUAAGAACAAGCCUCAGUCAGAUGCCUUAAUCCUUCACCAUCGCCAUGACAUCUUCAAGAGGAAGCAGCAGGAGCUGGGGGACCAAAUGGACCUGUCCUCCUACCUGCUGAGGCCCAUCCAGAGGAUCAGUAAGUACAGCCUGCUGCUGCAGGACAUGCUGGGGGUAUGUGGGCCUCAGAGAGACAGGGACAGGGAAGAGCUCCAGGCUGCAGCCGAUGUGAUCCGCUUCCAGAUGCGUCAUGGCAACGACCUCCUCACCAUGGACGCCAUCCAGGACUGUGACGUGAAUCUGAAGGAGCAGGGCCAGCUGAUUCGCCAGGAUGAGUUCAUCGUGUUCUUCAGAAAGAAGAAGUGCUUCCGCCAUAUCUUCCUCUUCCAGGAUCUCAUUCUCUUCAGCAAGACCAAGAAGACAGAUGUGGGCAAUGAUGUGUACAUCUACAAACAUUCUUUCAAAACGUCUGAUAUCGGGAUGACACAUAACUCUGGAGAGAGUGGUCUGUGUUUUGAGAUCUGGAUCCGUAGGAGGAAGUCCCAGGACACGUACACUCUGAAGGCUGACAGGGCAGAGGUGAAGAGGUCUUGGACCAGAGACCUGGAGCAGAUUCUCUGGGAACAAGCUGCCUACAGCAGAGACCUGCGGAUGCAGGAGAGGGUGUUCAAUGGGAUGGGGAGGAAACCUUUCAUGGACAUCCAGCCUAGUGAGGCAGCAAUCUGUGACAGGGCUGUCAACUGUGUCCUGCUAGGAAGAGCCCCGGUGCCGUCUUGUCUACAAACAGAUAUUGAAUAUCUCCGGCCCAACUCCAUUGGUUCAGGCAGUAGUGCCUCUACCUCCUGCAGCCACUCAUCUUCCUCCUCUGGGCGAGGUUCUUUACCUCCGGUUGGUUACCCUGGCAACCAGACACAAGGUGGGGAGGCCAGUCAUAUUGUUCAUUCUUUCCCGGCGACUGUGACUGAAGAGGACCUAAGUAAUCAUCAUAAUCACCAGAAACAAAACCUUCAUCUCAUGGGCUGCACAGAUUCGUCAGGUGAGAGUACCAGUGUGUUCAUAAGCUCGGAACGCAGCUGCCUCUUUGCUAUUGGUGGAGAGAUGGAGGACUCGUCAUCUGUCACGUCCCAGAGUUCCCAGUCCCAUGUCAGCCAGAGAACAGCAGCACCCAGCCUCAGAAAGAACAGCUCACCUGCUACCAUCAGGAAGAAGCCCUCCAUCUCUCCCAAACCACCCGUGCUGGCUGCUCCUCAGAGCCUGCAAAAGGGCAAAGAAGUGGUUGUUAUAGGAAAAUCAACAGAAGUUUAACCUGUGGAUUCAACGGUCAGAUUGAUGGUGCAGCCUGCUGUGACCGUCCUGUGGAUCUCUGAGGAGUGAUGAUGGAGUGCAGUCAAGCUGACCAUCCUGGCAUGAAGAAGGUUUGAAUUAAAAACGCUUGUGAUAACAGAUACAGUAACUAAGACCUCUAGUUGACAAGCACUGGAAAGCCACUUUUGUUUUUAAAGAGCUACUGUAUCUGGAAUGUUCUAGCUGAAAUACCAUGAAAAAUGAACACCUGGUGAACUGUGGUUAGCUUAAAGGGUAUCCAUUCAUCUGAUAAUACUACUUGAACAACCACUUCUUUAUCAGCUACUGCUUUAACUGAAUGACUAUGCGUCGGACAUCAUUUUUAUUUUACCUUUAUUUAACUAGGCAAGUCAGUUAAGAACAAAUUCUUAUUUUCAAUGACGGCCCAGGAACAGUGGGUUAACUGCCUGUUCAGGGGCAGAACGACAGAUUUGUCGGCUCGGGGAUUUGAACUUGCAACCUUUCGGUUACUAGCCCAACACUCUAACCACUAGGCUGCCCUGCCGCCCCAUUGACUCAUAGAACUUCCUUUUUCUUGUAAUAUGUUUGAAAUCUCAGCUAUGAAUUUCAAUGUUGCAAAUGUCUUUGGAACUGACACAUCCUUCCCAUGUGAUGUUUACCCUCUUGAUUACCACAUUUUUACACAUUUCUGACAUGGUUUAUGAUAACAAUGUAGACAUUGUCAAACAACUGGCGAAAGAAACAACAGUCUUGUCCCCAUCAGUAUUCUCUGCAGGUUCAGGGCAACUUGUCUGUGGCAUGCUUAGACAUGAUUUGCUGCCCAGACAGGUAAAUAGAUCAAUUAUCCAGGGUCAAAAUAAGCCCACUGACAGGUGGGAAGAGAAGCAGCAAUAUACAUAGGCUGGGAUUCAAUCCAGUCGCAGAUUUGGACCAUGCACCAUUUAAGGUAAUUUCAGAUUGAGCCAACAUAUGCAGCGUUUACCGUGAAUGUGGUCUCUGUGAACACGGGAAUAUUGCUUUUUAAAACGUGCAUUGCGGAGGAAUUGCGAUCAGAUUGAACCCCGGCCUUAAUCUAUUUUUUCCAUUUGGACAGAAAGCUCUGUGAAUAUAAUCUCUGGAAAGUGCGAACACCACUAACUAUAAGGGCCUGUCUGGCAUCAUCAGAAGCCACCAAUUUCUGACUGACUAUUAUCCGGUUCAGUCAACAUUUUAUCUUACAAUACUGUCAUUAUAAAAUAUGUACAUUAUUGACUUCUUUCUUUUCUUUUCUUAUAAAAAUGAAUGAGCAACUUUGCUUCCUUUUUAAAUGUCAAUAUGGUGUGACAUUCUGUGAAUCCACUGUUACCCAUGUUAGUUUUGUUCAUUGUCCACAUUUCCCUUUUUCUUUUUUUGAAUCUUUUUUUUUGUUAUGUUUUUUAUGCCCUGCUCAAUGCAAUGAUUCUCACUGCAAAGCUAUUUAUUGUAGGAUCAAUGCCAUUUUUUGUAGACAAUUGAGGACUUUUGCCUGUAUUUCUCCAGCAGCUAGUUUGAACUGCAGCCCACCCUUAUGUUGUGCAAUUAGAAGAAAUGGGAACAACAUCCUUCACUGGAAAAUGAAACUUGCCACCUCAAAAGGUCAUAGGUCAUGACUAAACCUCGUGACCGAGCAUAGUCCUUUUGGUCAGCACAUAGCUAUCGGUUAAACUGUCUGUAUCAGAUAAUUAACAACACUGUUGUGUAGGCAAGUGGUUCCCAACUCCGGCCCUCCAGUACCUCCAACAGCAGACAUAUUUAUUGUAGUCCCGGACAAGCACACCUGAUUUAGCUUGUCAACCUAUCAUCAGGCCCUCAAUGAGUUGAAUCAGUUACUGUAUGUUUGUCCGGGCUACAACACAAAUGUGUGCUGUUGUUGCUAUUCCAGGACCAGAGUUGGGAACCAGUGGUGUAGGCUACCCUGCUGAACUGAACGCUCCUCUACCAGCUCCCCUCCACUGUCCUGAAAAGUCAAACAUGGGUUCACUGCAAUGUCAGUGCACAGAACAUGAGUAUAAAAAUGAGGCAUUGAGAUAUUAUUUUUUUAAAUGUGGGUUGUCAUUUAAUUAUAACCUCUGUCUAUGAUAUUAAUAUAUGUUACAAAUAACAAUAAUGACAUAAAAGGUU